AUGUUGAGUGAACAAAGCGUUUCUGAACACGUGCCUGACUCUGUGUAGUAGGUGCAAUGUAGGCUUGCUGAAAGACACGUUUAAAAACACAAGUUUACGAAUAACUAGUCUAGCGACACUCUAAUCUCGGAGUAUGGGGGAGUAGGAAGGAACACUGCAGCGCAUCGGAAUGUCAAGGAUGUGGUAAGGUGCUUAUAGUGACUUGUUGUGUGUGUGUGUGUGUGUGUAUGUGUGUGUGUGUGUGUGUGUGUGUGCAAUGAGCCGCUCCAUCAGUCGAUGGCGGCUGUGGUGUUGUGGUGCUUUGUGCUGGUGGAGUGCUAUAGUGUGGUAGUGACGUUGUGUGAUGAAUGCAGUGUGUGGGGCGGUGGUGCAGCACAGACACAGCCACAGCCACAGCUUCUCUGCCACAGCCUCUGCUAGUAGGCGCCGGUGAACGCAGAGCAGUGUUAGUUGUCUGGGAUGAAUAACUGAUCCUCAAGUGAUAAACAGUAAAAUAACCACACCAGCCAUCACCAAUAACUGACAACACACUGGGAGCAGAAAGAUAUAGAGGCACACUGGCACACUGACACAACAUGGUGACUGCAUUACGGUGAACUAUCAGCCACGGUCACGAGGGCACCGGGCGAGGGGCAACGCUCGAGUCAUCAGUUACCACGUGUGUGAUUUGUGCUGUCAAAAGUGACGUGACGUGACGAAACAGUGAAGUGGCGAGCAGUAAGAGUCAAGAAACUGCGCGGAGGACCAGCAUGGCGGAGGGAGGGUGCACGGGUGUCCUGGUGAGCAGUGGCAGGGGGCACGACACGCGCUGCCUAAAGACAAUUCCCUUAGUGAGCAUGUCGCAGAAGUCAAAGAGCAGCACCGCCAAGGCCAAGGGCGCGCGGUGCAUCAGACAGCUGCGGGAGGUCAGGUUGGAGCAGAACGCCCCGCUGGUCCCGAAGCAUCUGGCUGAAGCACACAUAGAUGAUGAAGAAGAGAUGGACCAAACAUCGACAAUGCAGAGCCUCAAGAUGCGUCUGGCGAACCUGGCGGCGGAAUUCCUGGCCGCUGAGACAGACGCAGGGGGAUUGUGUGGCGCCUCCACCAGCACUACGACGAUAGGCGGUGGCGGUGGUUGGGAUGGUGCAAGCUGCAGCCAAGGCCCCGCCACGGUACGCAGUGAGAGAGAGAUCGAAGAAGCAGUGGAGACGCUGCAGAGCCUCAGGACUCGCCUGCUGAGUCUCAAGGCAGAUAUCACAGAGGAUGAAGACCUCAGCGGCAGGGCGACGACGCCUUGUGGUAGUGGUGGCAGCCAGUCACCACCCGCAAUACCCAAAGCGUCGGAGAACACGUCAACACGGAAACACAACUCCCUCCUCAACUCACGGUGCGGUGCUGAGGGUAACCAACGUGGUGAGACGAUGGAUGCGCAGCCACAACGAGGGCAGGCUGCGGGGUGGUCCACGGUGGGACAUCAUGCAGCCUCCCCAGUGACAUGGCUGGGCAGAACUACGCGCCCCAACGAUGUCUUCUGGAACUUGAGUGAACAAUAGAGGUGCGGGGAGGCGAGGAGACCACUGGGCCUUCCCCGGGGCAAUGCCAGGUGACGGUGGUGCCAGGCUUGUACAAGCUGGUGCUGGCUGGCUGCCUUAGUCUGGCCCACAACUCACAGUACUUAAAAGAGCUUGCUGUGCAGAAAAGGGAUUCGGCAACAAGUACUGAUGUAUACCUGUGUGGCGAGGAGAUGGUGACAGACCUGCAGAGGCCGCGCGUGGCAGCUGACGAUGUGAUGGGCCUGCAGGAGGUGGGCGAUGGUGCAGUAGUGAGUGAAUGGCUCUUGUCUGCCAGACGAACUGGACCUGACCCGGGGUGUGCCCAGCGUAGCGUCCACAGCAGCAGAGCGAGGACGAAGCGCACACAUCCCGGAAGCGUCACGGAGCACCGCCAGGGACGAGGUGUGGUGGUCAAGACAAUUGUGGUCGAGACUUGUACACCUGACGAGGGAAGUACAAGCCCCAGGGGAGGCCACUUCCGGGCGACACUCAGCCCACUGGACGAGGCACCCACGGGGGAGCAAUGGUGGGGCGGGGAGAGAGCAGCUCCUGCACCAGCUGUCGCCUGCCCACUGAGGUAACUAAACAAGUCAGAACAUUCGCCCCGCCCCAAGAAGCGGUGACGGGGGGGGCAGAGAAACGCAAGGGAGUGGAGAGCAGGAAUGUACCAGGAGUCCUCGCCUUCAAUAAGCAUAAGACAAGGAAGACCGUCUUCCUUGAUGUGACCCGUGUGACCCAAAGACCCGACACUCCAGCCAUGUGCCGAGCGUACCUGGCUGGUGAGUGAGACUGAUCGAUGUACAUAAUUUUAAGAGUGACUAGGGCCAGCAUAUGAUAAGUUUAGGUUAAGCAGACUUUAACUGUCAUCAGAUUGUUAUUGCAGGCGGUAGCACUCUUUAAGAGAUUAUACAAAGAUUAGACAAAGAUGUAACGCGGACAUAUGUGAAUGUAUUAUACAGGCAGUGCCAUGUGUAGGAUUACUGGCUUCUUGCAGCGCCCCUCACGUUCUGAUUGGUUACGGCUGAAGCGCACCACACUUACGUAGUACCUCGUCAUGUGGAAGAGGAUAAUUUUUAUGUACUCGUGUUAAACUAGUAUUAGGCAGAGAUGGAGGCGGACAAGCAGGACAGGUUGUUAUCAUUAGCUCAUCCUAAAACGUGUAGCCGAUCCUUAGGUGAGUUCCAAUUGUCUUAAGGAAUUAGCGAAUAGAGAGACGUGCAGACAAAGCAAACAUACGAAAGCUCUCCCUUCAAUUGUAGGGUGCAGGCAGCAUAGAAAACGGCCUGUCCAUGUGAGAAACAAUGAAGGGGAGACUGAGGUAGCAUAGAAAACGGACUUAAGAUGGGCCCUACUAAUGAAAUGUUAAAGACACAGGUGGUGGGGAUACAAGGGAAUACAAAGGAAAGCAAAACAGCAACAGACAAGAGAGACAACAACAUAACAGAAGGCUCCUCCUCCACCACUCCCUCCAGCUUGCGCUGGCAUGGAAAUAGUUGGGAAAAGUACCAUGCAGUAUGGAAAAACUGACGUGGAAUUUUCAUAGGAAAGGAUGAAAGGAAGUUCUACUAUUCACCCUACGGUGAACUCUAUGCGCCUAUCUGAAAGUUAAUACAAUUUAUAAUAAAACUGGUGUCUGCAAAAUAAGAGUUUAUUAGUGAAUUUAGUAAUUAUUCGGACAAGAAGAGAGCUUGUUGGGGAUUUGCUUUUAAAUAUUUGUCUAUUUUAUUUUUGAAUAAUUCAAUAGAAUUGCUGUUUACGAUUUCUGCAGGAAGUUUAUUCCAUAUAUUCAUUGUAGGAUUGAAGAAAAAAUGUUUGGCCUCGAGGGAUUUAACACGUUUGGGUAUAAUUUUGAAUCCAUUAUUUCUUGUUAGGUUAGAAUGAUCAAUGGUAAAAUAUUUAUUUGCAUCAAGGUUACUAUAUCCUUUAAAAUUUUUGAACACUUCAAUUAGGUCUCCUCUUAUCCAGCGCUUUGUUAAACUAAAUAGGUUUAGUUCUUCCAGUCGUUCCUCAUACGGUUUAUUACGCAAUCUUGGAAUCAUCUUUGUGACUCUACGCUGUAUUUUUUCUAGUUUUCAGUCUUUUUUUUUGUGAAGAACUGUACACAGUAUUCUAGUGAGGGCGCACCAGUGAGUUAUAUAAGGCAAGUAUAACCUUUUCUAAUUUAUUUUCAAAGGUUCUUCCAAUGAACCCAGCUAAUUUAUUUGCCGUCUUUACCGUUUCUGUGCAGUGUUGACUCGGCUCUAGGUCUUUUGACACAACGACACCAAGAUCUUUUUCUUUAUCAGCACUUGACAGUGGCAUGUUAUUCAUUACAUAUCUCGCCUGAACAUUGUUGCUUCCGAUAUUUUUUUACUUUUUUACUUUUUUACUUUACUUUUUUACACUUUUCUAUAUUGAAUCUCAUCUGCCAUUUCCUGCCCAGAUUGUUAGUUUAUUGAGGUCACACUGCAGUUCCUGCCAUUGUGACACAGACGUUACUUUAUUUGUUAUUUUGGUAUCGUCUGCAAAUUUACUUAUUUUGCAAUUGAUCCCCUUCAUCAAUAUCAUUAAUGUAUAUGCAGGAGUGUCGAAAUGAAGAUGUUAUAUCCUUAACGCAGACAACUGAAAUUUAUAUUGUACUUUAUAAUAUGCAUUGUAUUUAAUAAGUAAAGGAUAAACUUUUAUUA